GAGUUGGUCUCCUAUCAAUCGUGUCUCCAAAUCUGAUUCUUUGUUUUUACUUCUACUCCGAGUCUGCAAUAAAGACCCCUCUUCCCCCUCUUCCCCGCUUCACAUUUAACCAACCUUUAAGCGUCCUCAUCUGCUAACAAGCGAAAGAGAGAAACAGAGAAACAGAGAACCAGAGAAACAGAGCAGCAAUGGCAACCAACAGAGAAGAGCAACAAACCCAAACAGGAAGGCAUCAGGAGGUCGGUCACAAGAGUCUUCUCCAAAGCGAUGCCCUCUACCAGUACAUACUUGAAACGAGUGUGUACCCAAGGGAGCCGGAGGCAAUGAAAGAGCUCCGUGAGGUGACAGCUAAGCAUCCAUGGAACAUCAUGACUACAUCUGCAGAUGAAGGUCAGUUCUUGAACUUACUCCUCAAACUCAUCAACGCCAAGAACACCAUGGAGAUAGGUGUUUAUACUGGUUACUCUCUCCUUGCCACAGCUCUUGCUCUCCCCGACGAUGGAAAGAUUUUGGCCAUGGAUGUCAACCGGGAGAACUUCGAACUGGGUUUGCCGAGUAUUCAAAAAGCUGGUGUAGCCCACAAGAUUGAUUUCAGAGAAGGCCCUGCUAUGCCUGUUCUUGACCAAUUACUUGAGGAGGGGAAGCAUGGGACAUUCGAUUUCAUAUUCGUGGAUGCAGACAAGGAUAACUAUUUGAACUACCAUAAGAGGCUGAUAGAGCUGGUUAAGGUGGGAGGUGUGAUCGGCUACGAUAAUACCCUUUGGAACGGAUCAGUGGUGGCGCCGCCAGAUGCACCACUGCGUAAGUACGUGAGGUAUUACAGGGACUUCGUAAUGGAGCUCAACAAAGCCCUUGCGGUUGACCCUAGGAUAGAGAUCUGCCAACUCCCUGUUGGCGAUGGAAUCACCCUCUGUCGUCGGAUCAGCUGAUCACCCGAAUCACCAAAGGGGGAAUUAUUUCCUUUUUCUGAAACUGAAAAUGUCAUGCCUUUUUCUUUAGUUGUAUUUUCAUGGUUGUUGGGUAAGGUAAGACGGCUGUAUGGAUGUUUGCUUGUGUCUUUAGUUUUGCAUGGUUGUUUUUCUCUUUAUUUCCCCUCAACAAUGUAUAAGGUCUAAUACUCUAAUGUAAUGUUUGAGGUUUAUGAUUAUGGGUUACAAAUUUUAUUUUAUUUUAUUUUUUAAAUAUAAAAAUUGGAAAAAGUUCUUUGAA